UCGUAAAUAUCUCCAGAGGAGGAGACUUCACAGCCACUCUGGGCAGCCCGUUCCACUGCUCUGUCACCCUUACCGUGAAGUUCUUACGCACAUUUGCGCAGAACUUCCUAGGCUUCAGUUCGUGGCCGUUUCCCCUCGUCCUAUCGCCAAUUUCUAACUUCCUUACAAAGAAGUUACACCUGCACUCUUCACGCCGGCACACAGCCCCGAGCCGUGCGGGCGGCUCCAGCAGGCGGGCGGAUCUGCCGGGCCGGGCUCGGAGGGGCGGGGACGGGACCGCUCCUCCCGCCGCCGCCGCCUGACGGAGCGGUGGGACCCGGCCAGAAGGGCGGCGGAAGCCCGCGCUUCAGGCUCGGCAUGGCGCUGCGCGCCGACCAGGUGAGCCUCAUCGGGCAGGUGUUCGAGUCCUACCUGCUGCGGCACCACCGGGACGACAUCCUCGGCAUCCUGCGCCAGGCGGACGACGAGGCGCACUAUCCGGUCCUCGUCGACGCCCUGACGCUGUUCGAGACCAACAUGGAGAUCGGGGAGUACUUCAACGCCUUCCCCAGCCAGGUGCUGCCCAUCUUUGACGGAGCGCUGCGCCGGGCGGCCAUGGCGGUGCUGCAGGCCGCCACGCCGUCCUCGGAGCUCCGCAUGAAGCCCAACCUCCACGCCAGGAUUUCAGGUUUGCCCAUUUGCCCAGAGCUGACUCGCGAGCACAUUCCUAAGACCAGGGAUGUGGGUCACUUCUUGUCUGUCACUGGAACUGUCAUCCGUACCAGUUUGGUGAAAGUGUUGGAAUUUGAGCGGAGCUACAUCUGCAAUAAGUGCAAACACGUUUUUGUGGCUAAGGCUGACUUUGAGCAGUACUAUGCUUUCUGCCGUCCAUCAGCCUGCUUGAAUGAAGAUGGCUGCAACUCAACCAAGUUCACUUGCCUCUCUGGAACAUCCUCCUCCCCUACCAGCUGCCGAGACUAUCAAGAAAUCAAAAUUCAGGAGCAGGUUCAAAGACUGUCUGUCGGAAGCAUCCCUCGUUGCAUGGUGGUUGUUCUGGAAGAUGACUUAGUGGACAGUUGCAAAUCUGGAGAUGACAUCACAGUGUAUGGAGUGGUAAUGCAGAGAUGGAAACCUUUCCAUCAGGAUGCACGCUGUGACUUGGAGCUUGUUUUGAAAGCCAACUAUAUUAAAGUAAAUAAUGAGCAGCUAGCAGGUGUAAUAAUUGACGAAGAAGUCCGCAAGGAAUUUGAAGACUUCUGGGAAAAGCAUAGGAAUAAUCCCUUAGCAGGGAGGAAUGAAAUUUUGGCUAGCUUAUGUCCUCAAGUGUUUGGAUUGUACCUGGUAAAGCUGGCUGUAGCCAUGGUGCUUGCUGGUGGUGUGCAGAGGAUUGAUGCUACUGGAACUCGAAUCAGAGGUGAAUCACAUCUUCUGUUAGUUGGAGACCCAGGAACAGGGAAAUCUCAGUUUCUCAAGUAUGCAGUAAAGAUUACACCACGGUCUGUGCUUACUGCAGGAAUUGGAUCUACAAGCGCAGGUUUGACAGUGACUGCUGUGAAGGACUUUGGGGAGUGGAACUUGGAAGCUGGAGCGCUGGUGCUUGCAGAUGGAGGCCUUUGUUGCAUUGAUGAGUUCAACAGCAUCAAAGAGCAUGACAGAACCAGUAUCCAUGAAGCAAUGGAGCAACAAACCAUCAGUGUAGCAAAAGCAGGCUUGGUAUGUAAGCUUAAUACAAGGACAACCAUACUGGCAGCAACAAACCCCAAAGGCCAUUAUGACCCUACUGAGUCUGUCUCUGUCAACAUAGCUCUUGGCAGUCCCCUGCUGAGCAGAUUUGACCUGGUCUUAGUGUUAUUAGAUACAAAGAAUGAGGAAUGGGACCGCAUAAUUUCAUCUUUCAUCUUGCAAAAUAAAGGUUGCCCUAGCAAAUCAGAAAAGCUCUGGAGCAUGGAAAAGAUGAAAACCUACUUCUGCCUUAUAAAAAGGAUACAGCCAAAGUUGUCUGAUGAGAGCAACCUGAUCCUUGUACGCUAUUAUCAAAUGCAGCGUCAGAGCGACUGCAGGAACGCUGCCCGAACUACCAUUCGCUUGUUGGAGAGUUUGAUACGCCUUGCAGAAGCACAUGCCCGCUUGAUGUUUAGGGAUACUGUGACAUUGGAAGAUGCUGUAACUGUGGUAUCGGUGAUGGAAUCUUCUAUGCAGGGAGGUGCACUUCUUGGAGCCAUCAAUGCCUUACACACCUCAUUCCCAGAAAACCCAAUGGCACAGUACCGAAUGCAGUGUGAACUCAUAUUGGAGCGACUGGAGCUGCAACAUCUUUUGCACAAGGAGCUACAAAGACUUGACAGAUUACAAAAAGGAAAUUCUUGCCAGUUAGAGCCUGAAGAGACAAGUUUCAGUACUACUACAGGAUGCUUGAACAAAAAUACAUUUGAGUCAAAGCAGAAGUCUCAGUCAGAACCUUCAGAUCAAGAAAAGAUUGACUCCUGUCCGCAGCCUCCUUUGCCCAAAAACAAUUGUGAAGGAGAUAAAAACCCAGAAGCCUUGUGCAACCCAACACCUAGUAAUAACAUACGUACAAAACGCUUGAUUAAACUUAACAAGAGAGGUGAUGAUGGCAGCCUGGGAUGGUUUGACAGCCUGGAAGACAGAAACACUGAUGCUGAAGAAACUUUUUGGAAAACAUCUCCAGUGCCCAAGACAUCUCCAGAUAAUGUGGCUUUAAAAUCCAUGUCUAAGUCCUCCUCUUCAGAGGAAAAAAAUUCUUCAAUCCCAAGGAAAGAAAAUGAAAUGAGAGGGUCACUAACAACUGUUACUCUGUGUGCUUCUUUGGAGCAGGACAAAGUUUCUGAAAUAAGCAGCAAAAGGACUGAGGAACACGAAUGUUUUUCUUCAGAGGCAAACAUUCAAGACCCAACAUCAACAGGAGCCAGUAUGCAGGAUUCAGUUAUUACACAGCGGGUUUCUAAAAACCUGCAGAGGCUGCACACAGAGAAAUCACAUGGAUUCUUUACAAGUACACAGAACUCUGAAGCAAAGGCCCUUCCCUCAGUAUUACCUGUGUCUGGCCUGCUGGAUCUUUCAAGUGAUACAGACUCAAUAGUAGGAGAUGAAAAUAAUAGUGCAUCUGCAGCAGCAAAACAUGCAGUAAUUUCCAUGAGAAAACGAAGUAAAGGUCAAGCAGGGAAGGAAGCAAAGACAGUAUGUUCUCGUGAGCCAGAAAUUACUGGCAGUGAAAGUCCUCCAGCAGCUAAACUAGCUAAAUUUUCUUUCAGACCAAGGACAAAUCUUGAUCAUUCUUCUGAGAAGAAAAAUGCAGAAUUUUCCCUUUUUCUAAGUAAUACUAUUAAACCAGGAGAGCAGCUCCAGGGAGAGCAGCUGCAAAAAUAUUGCUGCCCACCUGAGAAACGCAAGAUGACACUGACUCGUUUAGGAAAAAAGAGUUUGGAAAAGCAAUCCAUUGGUAAUAAAGGAAAUGAAGAGCAACUGAGUCAAGCCUUAGGGAAAGAGAUGGGAGGAAAUGCACUGAUGCAUUCUGAUGUCACACUUGAUAUGUCACCUCCACUCACUGAAGAAAGAAGGGAUGGAGAGGAGAAGCUUGGUGGUCCAAGCGCAGUGAGAGUGUGCUCCAGCACAUUAGAAAACCUUUCCAGGUUCUGCUUUGUGUCACGUCCUGACUCAAAAUCAGAAACUCCACCAGCUAUCAAGAUUGACACUAACAACAAGGAAAGCCACAGCCCAUUGCUGAAGGUGCAUAUGAGCAAUCCUAACAAAAGGAAGAGUUUUGCAUUGGGAAAUGCAAGUAAAGACAGUGUGGUCACCCGAAAAUCUCUCUUCUCAAUAGCAGAGCUGGAUGAUGCUACAUUAGAUUUUGACUGGGAUUAAGAGUGCAUUUUAUGAAUGGGAUUAAGAGGUUAGGAAAAAUCCAAGUUUGUAACGUGUAUAUUCUCUAAAUUACUUAACACAUAGCUUUUCUGAAUCUACAUCCUUCUGUUAAUUGUAUCAACAGUAUCCAUAGGUUACUAAAGCAUUUAAAAAUAAUCUUGGAUGCCUUUUGGUACCAGUGAACAUACUUUAAGGGCUGUAUACUUUACAUCAGCCGAAGAUUAAGGUUAGGCCUUCUGUGGCUUUUCAUUUUCUAAACUCUUCCCAAGAAUGGUAAUGUGGAUUGACUGUUCUGAAUGAUCUGAUUUAACCCAAAGACUCUUACAUUUCAGAUAUCCAGAGUACAGCAGCAGUAGCGGCAGAGCAGGUUUAAUUGACUGUUGUCCUUUUUUUCAUGUAGCAUUCGGAACUAUGUGUGAUACAGAUUGUCCUUUUGAGUGACUGUGCUACUUUGGAAAAAUGGUGAUGCUAAAGCUAUGUCAUUAUGUUUUGUUUCCUUAUAUAUGUUUGUUUUCAGCAUAGCUAGCUAUAUUGUGAUUUAUCAUCAUGCUGUGCUGAAUAUCCCCGUAUUAUCAGUAUCAUGACAACUUUGCUACAUCUGGCUGCUGUGUUCCUUAUCACACUGCUAAUGUUGAAGACGUAUCUAGGGCUUAUUAUUUCUGAUUUUUUUAAAAUUAUUAUUUUGUUUCAGUUUUAAAUACACUGAUUCAGACAUUUGUAUCUGUAUUCUGGGUCAUUUUAUCAAAACCCAAUUCUGUAAUAAACAGACAGUUCUUCAUGGCAGAGAGAACAAAUUUCAGGUAACUGGAACUUCUCAGUAAUCAGAGUAAGUUUAAUGCAGGUGUUAAGCCCUGGAGUAUUAACUACACAUCAGACCUAGCUUCAUGGUGAAUAGUUAACCUAGCACAACUUAAUUUUGCCUCAGAAAAUGUUUAGUUGACUAUUUAAAUUAUGAUUAGUGUUUUACUACAUCUGAUACGCAGUUUAUCUUCUGUGGCAUGCUGCAUCCUAUGUCAUUCAUUUGUCUGAUGGGAAAUUAAUCUACUAGUGUAUUACAUGUUUACAGAGAGAGGCAAGCCUUGAAUUUCCUUCAGUGACUUGUCUGGUAUGUUUCUUCUGUGUUUGAAUUCUCCACAGAAUAUUCUUGUUAUUACCUACAAGGUAAACGGAGAAUGAAAUGGUUGCUUAUGGCACAGUAAAUCCUUUGAGAGGCUUGCUAGCACAAAGAAGGUCUUAUUUUUCUUGAUUUGUUUAAAGUUAGCAGUAGCUCCCUUGAAACUAAGUGAAUUAAAAUAGUGUAAAAUUUCAGGAAAUGAGGGGGAGUGGUAAGACCCGAGUAUUUCAGUGUGAUGCAGUGAAAUCAUGAAAACAGUAAUUGCAGUUGGUGACUUAUUGCUAGGAGUUUGAGAAAAUUACAGAGACAUUAUUGUCCAUACUGAUUGUAUAGUAGUACUCUGGUGGAAACGAAAGAAGUGGACUUUAUCUACCUCUCUCCUAGAGCACAGAGCCACCCAGUGCUCCUUCUUCCCAAAGAGAUGGGGUGAAGGUGCUCUGUCAUUAUGGCUGUAUUGCCCUUGAAAACAAAAUAUUUCCUACAAAAUACUGUGUCUAUACUGAAACUUGAUCAAGAAUCCAGGGUCAGAAAUCUUGAAUCAGAAAUCAGAAUUCUAAUUCUAAUGCUGUUAACAUUAAUGACGCUUUCCUCAUCUAGAAUAAUUUGAUACAUAAAAUUCUGUUAAGAGUUGCUCCAAAGAACUGUGUGGGAGUUUUGUGGGAGGCUGGUUGACUUUCAUCUCUCUGUGCACUGGAAAUCAGAUCCCUGUUGAAAUCAGUAGAAUCAAAAUGGCACAAAAUUGCGUGUAUGGUCAGGGUUGGCUUUUUUUUCAUGUUCUCCAUGCUCAUGUUGUGUUUGAGAAGGUUUUUCUCUUUAUAUCCUGUUAAUAUCAAAUCUGUUGCACUGUAAAAUCUGCCUGAGGGCCAGGAUAACUACAUAGUGAAUUAGGGUAACUGUAUUUUUGGAAAAACUGAGAUGCUUUGUAAUGCAGACAGCUACCUUCCUUACUAAUGAAACUUGUAUUCUAGAGGUAGAGAAAGCAAGAAGGUAAUACUAGUUCACUCCCAUUCUUGCUGAGGAUGUGAGAACCUAAGACCAUUUUUGCACCUCUCUUCAGUAGAUUAAAAGUUGACACCUUUGAGCAUAUCAGAACAAAUCUGAUAAUACCUGAGAGAAUUCUGGAUCAGUUAAGACAUUUUAAUUGUUGACAAAGUUAGGCAACCCUGAAAAGAUCAUGACUGGGCCACUGUGUACCGUCUAGGUGUGUUUUAGGUAUCUAAAUGAAAAAAUCCUGGAGAAUUUAGGCGUACUGAAUCCUAUCAUUCUUUACAGUAUUUUAAUGGUUAUCCAUUUGUGAGGGCAAUAUUAAAUCAGUAAAGAGAGAAUUGUCUCUUGAAUUAAUUAGUGUAUUACUUUAUAAAAUGGAACUGUUUAUUUAUUGAGCUGAGUUUUUGAGAUCUGAGAAAUUUGCUUCUCCAUUAGUGUGACAUGAGAAAUUGGAAAAGCAAGCCAAAAUGAAUCAAGAAUGGGUAGUGCAAACUCCAGUGUUUCUGAGGUCACUGUUUUUUAAUACCACUUUGACAUCUGUGCUUUCCAGUUAGAAGCAAAGAGGAGGUGCAGGUACAUUAUAGUCAGCUUUCAGAGAUGUCCGCCUUGUCUCCCUUAGCAGUUAUUUCCAGACCUUUGCUGUGGUCUUUACCUGGCUCUUCCAUACCUUUAUUUUUUUAAAUCUUUUUAAUGAUGUUUUUAAGUUCAUCUUCACUCGGUUUUCAAGUAUUGAUUGCUUCACUUGCAGAGGAGUCUUAGCAUGCUGUACAUUAUACAUAUAUAUAUAUAUAUAUAUAUGUAUAUACAUAUACAACAUUCUACUGUUUGUCACCCAGCUAUUGUAGGCAUCACUGGAAAGGUGUUGCCUAAGGCAAACAGUGCAGUCCACAGAUGUUUAUGUGAAGGCAGUACAAGAGACAGCAUCUGUUUUUCAAUCCACUUUUCUUACAAUGAUUUUGACUUCUCUAACUUAAACUGUUACACUAUUAAAUUACAUUUAAUGGUCAGUUUAAAUCCUUCAGUAUUACCUGAAAUGCAGGCAGCAGGGGAUGUGGUAUUUAACAUUCAGGAUCUUACAGCACUUGCAAGUAGAAAGUUGUGGUUCAUGACCAGCCUGGCUUUGCUGGAGAUGGUUGGUAAUGCUGUACCAGACACAGACUGUGAUUGCUGCUGCUUCCAUUCCCCUGCCCCUGGACACCUGCCACUUGUAGCUUCCUCCUCACCUCACCCCCUUCUUUCCAGGCCCUCACCGCUGCUGUUUUCUGCAGUUCAGGACUGCUGUCACUGCCUCGUCAAGCAAUGUCAGUGGAGUCCUUUUGGUACUCCCAUGGGAAUUACAACCCUUGUUAUUUAAAGCAAUUCUGGGGCUGAUACUCAGUUCUUAAGCUCACAGAAAACAACCUGUAUUAGGAAUCACUUGCCAUGUAAACAUCUUUAAAAAUAGCCUUGAAUUCCUUCCCAGCAUCAUGAAAAUAUUAGAUACGACACAAAAAAAAUGUGGCAGAAGACAAACAAAAAAAGAUUGUAUGUGCCAUGGGUAUCAGCUACUCUGCUCACACAUUCUUACACUGCCAGCUAGUUUUAUUCCUGUUCAUGUGCUGCUUUUAGUUCUAAAUAAUUAGUAAGCAGAAAAAAAAAUACCCUACAUGGCUGAGUUUGCUCGUUGCUCGUGUUAAUCUCAGGACAGUUAUUUGAGUGUCAUGGUUGUCGUCAGAUAUGUACAUUAUUGUGUUACUUAUCAUAAUGUGAUGUGCACCAGAAUUAUAUAGUGAACUAAAGCCAAAGGCAAAGCAAAGUCAACCUAAGCAGAACUGAAACUUCUAAUUAAUGGAUUCAACUUGAACAGAUCUCCCAAGUGAAGACAUGUAACACCACAGAGGGAAUGUAUUCAUUGAUGGGAAGAUGAGGUAAGCAGGGUAUUAAGUGUUCAGUAUUUCACGUGAAUGAGGCAAUAGCUUCAUUAAUAAUGAAUGCUAAUUAUGUCAUCUCCCUCUGAUAUCUGAUAUUCUCUGGCUUAUCAAUGCUUUCCUUCCUGCUAGGCAGGAGAAUGUUAAUAGUUCCAAGGACUAACAUUGUCCUUUACCGAGUAAAGAGCAUGACUAUUUUAGAAAAGACUGUGAAAAUAUAUCUAGCAGGUUUGA